CUCCAAAGUUCUUCAAAUUUAUGCAAAAUCAUGAACUUUACAAUGGAGAGCUUAGGGUUCCACGGCAAUUUGUGGACAAAUACUGGAAAAGUAUACCAAAUCCAGUAGUCAUGACAUUACCAAAUGGUGUUCAAAAAGAAAUAUUUUGGAUAAAGCGCGACGGAGAUGUCUGGUUUCAGAAAAAUUGGGAGAAAAUGGCUAAGUUUCUCAAAUUUGGAUAUGUUGUUUUUUUCAAAUACAUGGGAGGAUCAUGUUUCAAGCUAGAGAUACUUGGACUUAAUUCUUUGGAAAUUGAUUAUUCCAACAUUAAGUUCAUAGAUCAAGUUGAGAAUAAUGACAAUGGAGCUGAAUUUGUUGAAGUGAGUGAUGAUGAUAUUGAAAUGCCAAAAAGCAAAAAAUCUAAAAGAACAAGAAAAGGAAAAGGAAAGGGAAAAAUCUCAAGUAAUGUAGGAGGGAUGAAUCCAUUUUUUGAACUUACACUUACAAAAACUACUGCAAAAGGCUAUUUAUUUAGGAUUCCAUGUAAAUUUUCAAGAAGAUACAUGGGAGAUUUUGAAGGGAUUGCAAGGAUAAGAAUCUUUGGUGAGAAAAGGAUUUGGAAGGUGACUGUGAAGUAUGAUCAUGAACUUGAUUAUACUAUUGUGAAUAGAGGUUGGAAACCAUUUGCCGAAGAAUAUAACUUGCAAACCGGUGAUGUUUGCAAGUUUGAGAUGACUCGAUCCGGUCCAAUUUCUUUUACUAUCACUAUUAACCGAGUCGGAGAGUAGCAAUCUGUAUUUGAAGAUACAACUUGAAGAAGCUGAAGGGAUUUUCUUGAUGUUUGUAGUUGGUUUUUUUAUGAUUUCUAGCUAUUUGUUGUGUUGCUUUUUAUUAUUUUUCAAACUCAGAUUAUGAGUAGUUAUGAUAU